CAGACUCACAGUGAGAGAGAGAGAGAGAGAGAGAGAGACGAAAAAUGGUAUCGGGGUCAGGAAUAUGCGCGAAGAAGGUGGUGGUGGACGCUCGGCAUCACAUGCUGGGGCGAUUGGCGUCGAUCGUGGCGAAGGAGCUUCUCAACGGGCAGAAGGUGGUGGUUGUCCGCUGCGAGGAGAUUGCCAUCUCCGGCGGCCUCGUCCGGCAGAAGAUGAAGUACAUGCGGUUCCUCCGUAAGCGCAUGAACACCAAGCCCUCCCACGGCCCCAUCCACUUCCGCGCUCCCGCCAAAAUCUUCUGGCGAACCGUCCGAGGGAUGAUUCCGCAUAAGACUAAGCGCGGAGCUAAUGCACUUGCUCGGUUGAAGGCUUACGAGGGAGUCCCACCCCCCUUUGAUAAGAUGAAGAGGAUGGUCAUUCCUGAUGCUCUCAAGGUGUUGAGGCUUCAGAGUGGUCACAAGUACUGCUUGCUGGGUAAGCUGUCGUCCGAGGUUGGAUGGAACCACUAUGAUACCAUCAGGGAGCUAGAAAAGAAGCGAAAAGAGAGGUCUCAGUUGGCUUACGAGAGGAAGAAGCAGCUAAACAAACUCAAGGUGAAGGUUGAAAAGGCUGCGGAGGAGAAGCUUGGCGCCCAGCUUGAAAUCAUUGCUCCUGUUAAGUACUAAAUUCUAGGGACUAGUUAGUAUGAUAGAGUUUUGGCUGAUGUUACAUCCUAAUGAAUUACCUACACAUUUCUUGUCUUGUUUGUUCAAUCAAUGAAUGGGAUCAUAAAUUUUGAUGAAUUUUCAAUGGUCAUCUGGUUUAUUUUGUCA